AUGCCUGCAGCAGAUCUCCUCAGCUUCUCCCCACCUCUCUCCACCCCUCCCCAACCCACUCCGCCCUCCCCGACCCCUCCUACCGCUCCCCAUCCCUUUCCACCCCUCUCCACCCCUCUCCCCCACCAAGAGCGCAGCGCGCGCAGCACGUUCCCAUCUCUGGAGGGGUUCCGCCAGGCCAGGCUGAGAGGGUUCCGCCGGGUCUUCUGCCACGCUGCGCCCGUGUUCUUUAUAAGGGGGAUUGCUAAUAGCGAGACCAAAGAGUAUUCGAGCCUGAGUGUGGAGCCCUGCGAGGGGGAGGAGAUCGUUGUCACGCUCUUCUCCAUACCCGUUACUGAGGUGCCAGCAUUCAUUGAACGAGAGCAUGAGUUCCGGUUCCUUCUUGUUCCCCCCAGCAGAUUAUCACCAGUAGCAGCAUCACCAGAUUCAUUAGCAGCAGAAUCAUCAUCACCAACACAUGGUGCGGUGAUUUGCAGCCGCUACAGCGACCAAGAGUACCUUCAAAUUCGCCUGAAAGGCAACAGAGAUGAGUAUGAGAAGCAGUACGGCAGGUGGGGUGUGGAGAGGGUGUGGGACGACACUCUACUGCCAUGCCGUGUCUACCUCCGGCACUGUGUGCUGGCAGCUCAAGGGCUCGGAGAGGAGGCUCUGGCAAGUUUCCUGGACCACACAUUUCUGGCCGACCGCCAGACCACCAUUCGUCAGUACCUGCUUCGGCACCCAGACAUCAUGUCCGAACCUCCUCCGCCAAGCCUGGCAGAUAGGUAUGGCGGCUGA